AUGGGGAAGAAGGUGAGGUGGUUUGACGCCGUGCAGAGGAUCCUGAGCUCGUCGGAGCCUGAUCGCGAGGAGAAGGUAGGCAAGCAGAAGCCGGCCGAGAGGCCGACGAGUAAAUCGAGCUUCAAGAAGCUAUGGCAGUUCGGCAAGUCCAGCACGUCCACUUCUUCCUCCUCUGCGGCGCCGGAGACUGCCCCCGCGGCCCAUCAGCAGCCUCCUCCGCAGCCUGAUCAGCGGGAUGCUGCGGAGGCCAAAUCCGCCGGAACGACGAGCGAGCAAAACGAUGGUGGACUCCAAGUCGCGGCGCUCGCCGCACCGGUGGCGCAGCAGCAGCCGGCAGAGGCCACGGCCGUCGUCACGCCACGGUCAAAGGAGGAGCUUGCCGCCGUCAGGAUUCAGACGGCUUGCAGGGGCUACCUGGUAAGGAAGGGGUACAAGGCGAGGGCGCAGGCUCGGCUGAUGUCGCUGCUGGAGGGGGUCGCCGUGAAGCGCCAGACGGAGGACGCGCUGUACAGCAUGCAGAUGAUGACGAGGGUUCAGACGCAGAUAUACGCCAGGAGGGUCAACAAGGACAAGGCUCUCAAGAGUCAGGCCCAGCCUAAGCAAGGGCCUGACAAAACCAAGAUUGGUGAAGUCUGGGAUCACACUCACCAGUCCAAGGAGCAGAUCGAGGCCACGCUCGCGACGAAGCAGGAGGCUGCGUCGAGGCGGCAGAGGGCCCUGUCCUACGCCUUAUCUCACCAGUGGAGGAACAGGAGCCCUUCUUCUUCGUCUUCCUCGGGGCGAGGGAGAGUGACACCCACGCUGUCGCACCCUCCGACGUUCAUGGACCCCGGCUGCCCCAACUGGGGCUGGAGCUUGGCGGAGCGCUGUAUGGCGGCGUCCAGGCCGUGGGAGAGCCAGACCGCGCCGCCGGACGUCAAGGACCGCGCUGCUCCCGCGAAGAGCGUCGGCCGGGCCGCCAGCCCGAGGGUGUCCAUCUCAGUCCAGAUUCCCACCACGCCGACGGGCAGGUCCGCUCGGCCGGCCGGCCGGUCGUCGCCGUCGACCCCGACGCAGUCGCGGUACCCCUCGGCGCUGGGGAAGACGGUCGCGUCGCCCCGGCGGGCUCCGAGCCCGAGGGGUAGCCCGUUCAAAGGGUCGGGAAGCAUGCUGUCGGAGCGCCCGCGGAGCAGCCAGGAGCACCUGGGGACAAGCGGUGUCGGCGGUGGCGAAGACAAGGAGGCCUCGCUGCGACGGACGACGAGCUUGCGGUCGGGGGAGCUGCCGGGGAGGCUGAGUCCACGAGCGAGAGAGGUCGACGCAGGCGAGACGGGCGGCGCGCCGGUGACGCCCAGCUACAUGCAGGCGACCAAGUCCGUGAAGGCCAAGGCCCGGUGCGCGAGCCCCGCGGCGGCUGACAAGGCCGAGCUCCCCGAAAGGGCGACUCUGGUGUCCUCGCCGUCGAUGAAGAGGCGCCCGUCGCUGGAGUUCGCGGAGAAACAAGGGGUGUCGUCGCCGAGGACGCCAAGGACGCCGACCACGCCGAGCAAGGCGAAGGCGGAGAUCAGGACGAAGAGGCCUCCCAGCCCCAGGCUCUAG